CGGCACAUAGCACCUGUGAUGCAGCAAAGCUAUCUUUGGGUUGGACCUGCACGAGCGGCGUGUGGUCAACCGUAUUAAUAGCUGUGAGGCCUCGGAGACACAGCAACCAUGCGGUGCUUCGCCGCUGCGCUGUUGGUGACGCCGGCCGUCACGCUCGUGGCGCCCAUAGCUAGAGCACCCAGCCAAUGCAGCUUUCCAGCGCGGCAAUCGACGUUCGCGGUGCCUUCGUAGUGACGCCUUAUGUCGACGUGCACGCCAUCGAUGCGACGCCUGCGCGAUGGCGUGAUAUUAAAGCUCGAUUCGGUUCAGUCGGCGCCGCGUCGUCGCCGAGCACGCAGCUGCUCACCCAUUUUCAACGCAGGCGUCCUCCAGUCCCAGGCCGAGAUCGCGUCCUUCAUGGAGGCGACGCUGCCGCAGGACAAGGGCGACACGCUGCCGGCGUCGCCGAUCAUGGACUUCGAGAAGGGCCCCGAGGGGUUACUUUAUAAGGAUGAUGUGGUAGGCACGGGGCCCUCUCCCACGGUGGGCGACGAGCUCGAGGUCCACUACGCGGGCUGGUACUACGCGCCCGGCUCGACCGAGGGCGUGAAGUUCGACGACAGUCGGGACCGCGACGCCAACAAAGGCCUGAUGUUCGAGCUCGGUAUUGCGCCCAUCAUCAAGGGCUGGUCGCUCGGCUUGGAGACGAUGAAGCAGGGCGGCAAGCGCUCGCUCAUCAUCCCGCCGACGCUGGGCUACGGCGACGUGGAAGUGUCGAGUGCGGGCAGACCCUCGAUCCCGCCGAACUCGGAGCUGCGCUUCGAAUUGGAGCUCGUGACGGUGAACAACGACAUCAUCCGCAAGAUGCGUAGGAGUCUGAACGACUUCCUGCGGCCGCAGGGCUCGGAUUUCGUCUCGCCCGAGGAGAAGCAGGCCAUCCGCGACGGCACGCUGAAGAAGCCGCUCAUCGAGCAGCUGUUCCAGAAGAAGGACUAGGUUUGACGAGUGGGGGCGCGUAAGUGGAGGUGGCGCGUCGACGGCGUUUGGUUGGGG